AUGCGACACUACUUAACCGAAUUAGGUCAACAUUCGUCUCAUAAAAAUAAUCAUGUCCGUCAAAUUGUCAGAGAUAAACAAUGGCUCUAUCCUCAAUACCAUGAUAGUCAACGUAUAAAAAUAAAGAGGCCUGAUGAACUUGAACAAGAAAUGAAAGAUCCGCCUGAAAAUAUCGAUAAAUCUAUACUGGAUCGUAUUCAAGGUUCAAUGUUGGGUAUGGCUUUAGGUGAUACUCUGGGUGCUCCUGUUGAAUUCGAGCCUCCUGAAUAUUUAAUUGAAAAUCCAAUCACCGAUCUUCAAGAAGGUGGGACUUGGGGUCUAAAAAAGGGACAGUUCACUGAUGACACGUCAAUGGCUCUAUGUCUAGCAACCUCGUUGAUAGCUCGUCAAGACUUUGUUCUUUAUGAUCAAUUGGUGCGGUAUAAGUGGUGGCUCCAAAAUGGUUAUAUGUCAUCAACAGAAAAAUCUUUCGAUGUAGGUAUGGCUAUAUGUGAUUCUUUAUUAGAAUUUAAACGGCGUCAGAAAGUUUUUGCCGCCAAAUAUCAAAUACCUUUCGAGCAAAUGGAUUUUCUCGCUGAUUUUGAUCUUCUAAAAAUGUUCGAUGUGUAUUGCAGCAAUGAUGGGGCUGCUGGUAAUGGAGCUCUUAUGCGUCUAGCACCAGUACCACUUUUCUUUUAUCGACAGCCGACACUUGCUGUUGAAUAUUCGGGUCGUAGUGGUCGAAUCACUCAUGGCGAUCAAAAAGCGUAUGAUGCAUGCCGAUACUACGGUGCACUUAUUGUGGCUACACUUCAGGGUGAAUCGAAAAACGACAUAUUAAAUGAGAAUUUUUAUCACAAUCAUAAAUCAUGGUUCGGCAAUAAACCGCUUCAUAAAGAUAUCGAAAUGAUAUCUACCGGAUCCUUUAAGAAACGUGGUGGUUUGAAAGAGGGUAUCCAAGGCAUCGACUAUAUUGUCAAGUCUCUUGAAGCUGCUUUGUGGGCCUUCUGGUCAGAUGAAAAUUCGUUCGAAAAAGGUGCUCUCUCUGCUGUCAAUCUAGGCAAUAAUACUGAUACAACAGCUGCUAUCUAUGGUCAACUAGCUGGUGCUCAUUACACCUACCAGAACUUACCCAAAAAAUGGCUCAAUCAUCUUUAUGCACAGAACUUUAUGCUAUGUUUGAGCAAAUGGAUUACGUAUGAAGGAAGUAUAUGGAAUUCAAAAUAUGAAUCAGGUGUUAUAAAAAAGCAAUAG